ACAUUAACGCCGGUCUAGUUGGCCGCCGAUCGAACGGCACACGGCAUCAGUGCAUCACUAGUCGUCGGAAUCGCCUUUUCGACUUGUCACAUUCUCGACCUCUGAAGUUUUUCUCAAGUACAGCGAUCACUUAUUUGUAUAGAUUUUUUCUCAAAUCUAUAUCACGUUAAAACAUCGUUGAUCAUGCCUAGCGCUUCAAACGAUCGCCUCCAUAUACCCGGGGACAACUUGGAAAACGAGAAUCCAGACAACGAUGAACAAAUACAAAUGUUACAACAAUUAGAAACAAGCGACAGUGACACUUGGUCGGAGAACGACAUACCGCCGGGAGCCGACGGAUUAAGCGAAGACGAAGACGACGAUUUACCCGUCAACCAACCCGUUUCCGACAAUAAUAGUGAAUCGCAGGACGCAUUCAGCGAUUCGCCAUCAUUCAUGGAAAUAGAUGAGCCAUCCGACACGGAAAUCCUCGAAUCCAUAGAAGCGGCUAGGGGAACUACUUCGAACGCGAGCGCUGGUCGUAAUCGUGGUAGGAAUGUUGCCAGAAGAGGACGCCAAAGACGACACCCAACCCUUCAUUACAUACGUACGCCGUUCGAACGCGGUGUGACGUUUAAUGGAUUUGCCAGGAACCUCAUACCGGAAAGAAUCACGGGAUAUAUGAUCGAACGUCAAAGCGAAACGAUAUUAUAUUACAUUAAAUGGCGCAACGACGAUAAUAGGAUCAGACUCAUCGAGUCGAGCCUUGUGCGGAGAUACUGUCCCCUUUUGAUCGUCAACUAUUACGAGGCAUUGAUGAUUCACGAUCAUUCUUAAGUGUGCCAAGUCUGUUUUAAUUAAUUACGAUUCUACUAUGCCUAUGUGUU